AUGCUUUUCCAAAUUAUCUGUGCAUUUUUCUUGAAACUCAUAAUAAAUUCAGGAAAAGUAUCAAGUUCCGAACAAUGCACCCAGUUUUCAAUACAGUUCUACGAAAUAACAAACCUCGACAAAAUUGAUCAGUUCAAACGUGGUAGUUUCGGAAUACUAAACAAUCUAACGAAGCAAUGCAGAAGUAUAAAUGUAGCUAUCGAGAUAGAUUUAUAUCGAGAAGAAAAAAAAUCAAAACUUUACAAAAAACUUUAUGGAGACGAUUUACAUAAACUCACAGUGAUUUACCCUCUCGAUGAUAACGUAACCGAAGAAAUAGUGUUACCUCCAGAAUGUCCUAUUUCUGAAACUAAAGAGCCCAAAAAAUUUGAUCCCAUCUACGCAUAUUUACCAAUAAAUUCAAGGGAUCCCUACGAUACCGAAAAUACGUUUGAUACUGAACCGAGAAUAUAUUACACAGAUCACACAACUGAAGAUAUGUUAGAAUCAACAGUGGGACCCGAAACUACAGAGAUGAAUAACUAUAGCUAUAUUGCUAAUCCUAGUUUGUUAACAAACAAGAAAAACGACUAUAAAGUUACAAUAAUCGUUUUGUCUACUUUAGCUGGCGUUGCGUCUGUUUCAGUCCUAUCGUACUUCGCGUAUCAUGGUAUAAAAACCAUAUUACAAUCAGGAACUUUUCGUUUUCCCGAUGCAUAAAACUGACAACUAUACAAGAUGGAAGAUAUCACUUUUUAAAUAAGGGAUACCGCAACGGCUUCUUAAUUUAGUUUAAUAAAAAAAACUCUAUAAUGUGUUUUCUUGCUUAGCCCUACUAUUUCAAGUAAUGUUUUGUAAGUCAAUUAUAGUUUUGAUUUUAAAUACUA